AUGGUGGAUUAUGCGUUGGUGUUGUGCCCAAGCACAGACGACCCCCUAAACCCAUUGGCGGUUCGCCUGGCCGACUUCGUUCAAUGCCAGAUUGCAAGCAGCACGCUGCCAUUAGCCAGCUUUAAUCAGACCUCAUACGCACCGCUGGCAUACGCUCCAACCGCCGUCGUCAUCGAGACAAAGGUCGACUCUGGCAGCCGCGCCGAGGGCCGUGUCCAGCUAGGCUUGUGGCUUGCAGCCUGGUGCAGGCGAAUUUCAUCAUUUGGCCAAGGGUUAUCAAGCUCCUUCCCGCCGCCAACAAUCCCUGUCCUCCUUGUGACAUCGGAGAAGUGGGAAAUUAACUUUUCGUUUGACCUGGGUGAUCGCAUUGAUAUAUGCCUGCUGUACUUAAAGUCCUAG